CCGGCGCGUCCUGCGCUGACCCCGGCACAAAGCGCCUCUGUCCCGGCUGAGGGGCCCCGUUGUGCGCCCGGGCGGGGGCUGCGGCGUCACCCACGCGGGUCGCGACCCCUCGCGGGGCCCCUCCCGGCCCCACACGAGUGGGUCUGCCCCACAGCACUUGUAGGGCCACGGUGCCUGCCCCACGCGGGUUCGUGUCCCGCAGCGCACCCCUGCCCCGUGCGGGGCCCGGCCCCACGCGGGACCCCUCCCGGCCCCACGGGACGGCUCCUGCCCCGCAGCCCCCACCCGCCUCCCCCCGGUCCCGGGUGCCGCCCUCGCCCCUGCCCCACGUCGGGUCCCGGUCCCGCAGCCCACCCGUGACCGCAACCCCCGCCCCACGCCGGGUCCCCGCCCUGCCCCACGGCACGGCCCCGGCCCCGGCCCCGCGCGGGACCCCCCGGCGGCCCCUCCCCGCCCCACGCCGGCCCCGGCCCCGCUCCCGGUCCCGCCCCGCACCGCCCCCGGCCCCGCUCCCGGCGGAGUCUCGGCUCCGUGGCCGGGCCGGGCCUCACCGCGACCCCCGGGACCGGCAGCGAGCGGCCCCCGCAGCCCCCGGGCGAUGGAGCCUGGUGCCCCCCCCGCACCCCACUGCGCCCUGGCGCCCCGGCCCCCCUACGAGCCCGUCCCCGCCGCCCUCUGCGCCAUCGGUGCCGUCUUCGGCGUCGUCUGCGGCUGCUUCGGGUACCGCUGCUUCAAGGCCAUCAUGUUCCUCUCGGGGCUGCUCUUCGGCUCCAUCGUCAUCUUCCUCCUGUGCUACAAGGAGCGGGUGCUGGAGACGCAGCUGAGCCUGGAGGCCAGCGCGGGCAUCGCCCUGGGCAUCGGGCUGCUCUGCGGGCUGGUCACCAUGCUGCUGCGCAGCGUCGGGCUCUUCACCACCGGGCUGCUGCUGGGGCUGCUGCUGGCCACGGCCGCGCUGGUGGCGGCGGCACCGGUGCUGCCGCCGCCGCCGAGCCCCUGGGUGCCAGCGGGCAGUUUGCUGGGGCUGGCGCUGCUCUGCGCCCUCCUGGCGCUGCAGUGGCCGAAGGCGCUGACCGUCCUCUCCACCGCCGUCUUCGGCGCCGCCGUCGUCGUCGUUUGCGUUGACUAUUUCGUGGAGGCGCUGGCGUUGGUGCUCUACGUCUACCACCGGCUGCGGCUGGCGCCGGCGGGGCCGCUGUGCUGGCAGGGCUGGGUGGUGCUGGGUGCCUGGCCGGCGCUCAGCCUCCUCGCCGUCCUGCUCCAGUGGAAGCUGACGGCCAACGGCUUCUCCCACACCGACGUCAUCCUCAGCCGGCGGCAGAAGCGGCUGCAGCUGCUGCGCAUCCGGCAGAAGGAGGCCAAGCGCCGGCAGAGCCUGGCCCCCCCCGAGGGCACCUACCGCCGCAAGCCCCCUCCCGUCAAGCGCUACGCGGGUGACGUGCUGGCCCCGAGCUACAUCCGGAGCCUGCGGGACCGGCAGCAGGAGAGCGGGACCUCGCCGGGCCCCGAUGCCCCCCCCGACGCUGACUGCGGCUCCGCCGCGCCCCCCCCCGCCCCGCCGCCGCCCCUGAGCGCCCGCACCCCACCGAUGUGCCUUGGGGGUACCGACACACCCCCCCCCCCCCGUACCUGAUUGAGGCAAAAAUAAAGCCCCACUUUUAUUUUUGUAGGACCUACCCAAACCCUGCACACGCCCCAUGGGCCCAGCCCAGCCCCCCUGCCACUCUAGAGGGUCCCGAAAGCCUUAACCCAUGGGGGGGGGGGGUGUCUCACCCUGCCGUGGGCCCUCCCCAGGCCCCCCAGCCCCACCUUGAGCCCCCAAAUGACCAUGGUGGCCCCGGGGAAGGGCCCCCCCACCCCCCGCUGGGCUCGUACCAGGGCUGCCGCGUUAAAGAGCGUGACGGGGGUCCGGCGUGAGCCCCCCGGUACCGCCAGACCUCGUCACCUGCAGCCAGAGGGGUGAGGGACAGUGGGUGGCGGGGACCCCCUGGCACCCCAA